AUGGCAGAUAAUGAUGCGGGAAUACUUAAGGAUGCUACUGAUUAUAUCCUGUAUACUUCCAAUUCAACAGGUAUAAUAUAUUAUAAACCAGAAAGCUUUGAUAAGAAUGUAUAUUAUCGAUUAGGAAUUCACAUACUAAUAUCUGAUUUAUUAAGAGUAAUUGAUUCUCAAAGAAGAGAUUCAUUAAUAAGAAGCCUUUAUCCAUUAUUAUUAAAAGAAUUAACAUUCAUUAGAAAUAAUCCAAUACGAUAUUUUACUAUUCAUGGGAAAAUCAUAUCCUUAAGAAUGAAAUUAAUUCAAAAUCAAGAUUUUGUAAUAUUUAAAAUGGAUGAUAAUUCAAAUUAUGAGUUACAUUCAAUUCAAUUUAAAUGUCCAGUCUCAUUAUUAACAGAUUAUUCAAAGGAUACAUUAUCAAAGUUUGAAAAAAAUUGGUAUUUAACCUGUACUGUUGAAAAAUCGUGGUAUUCAACAAAGGAUAUGAUUGAAUUUAAUGUAAUUGAAAUUAUUAACGUUAAUGAUUCUAAUAUUUUACAAACAACAACAUUCUGGACUAAAUGCUUAAAACUUAAAAAUCAGUUGAUGAGUAAACCUUGGAACCCUCAAGAUAUACAGGAAGAUAACAAUGGUUUAUUAAAUGAAUUAUCUAAGAAAUCAGAAGUUAUUGAUAUUGAGACACCGAGACCAAACACUUCAAUAGUACACAGGGCUAUCGAUAUGGAAUCGAAUUCUGUGGAAGAAUUUGAUAGCGAUGAGUCAGUCAUGAUGGUUAAUAAUGAUGAUAAUCUUAUAGAGAUUUGUGAAGAACCUUCAUUUGAGAUAAUUGAUGAUGAAAACAUACAUCUAGAGAAAAAAAUAUACAAUCAAUUAAUAGCAUGUUUAUUAGAACACAUAUCGAAAAGUUCACAAUCAACUGCAAACGUCGAAACGUUCUUCUAUUCAAAUGAUGUACAAUUAUUAUUGGAGAAAUGUACGGCAAAUUAUUCAAUUAAUUUAAUUGAUGGAGUUCAAGAUGAUCACAUUAUAAUACCUACUAAAGAAAAAUAUUUCUGUACGUUUUUAACAAAAUUGGAAAACGAAGCCUUGAUAUCACGGAAAAAAAGGAAGCAAAAUAUCAUCAAUGUUGAGUUGUUACAAAAAUUAUAUAAUUAUUCAUCACAAAGAUUGAAAGCAAUGAUCACUAUUAAAUGUCUUACAAUUACUGUAGAUACGAGUUUCGUUCUUGAUAAAUUGGAAUUAAACCACGGAAGUAUUUCAACAAUCAUCAUCAUAACGAUUUUCAAAAUUGCAUUGAGUCGUAUAGUUAGUGAUAAAAGUAAUCAUAUUAUUGAUUGGUGGAUAGAAAAACGAACAGAUGCAUUCUGGUUAAUACAUCUAAAAUAUGAUACUAAAUUCAACGACGUAUAA